AUGAAGGGAGAACUGGCACCAUCGAUGUUCAUCGUGCUGUUGGUGAUGACGUGCCGUUUCUUCGAUAUUGCUGCAGCCGGGAGGGUUCAGGCAGCAGUUAGUUUCUUAACAAACUCAUCGUAUCAAGAAAUAGAAUUAAAAUCAGAGUCGAGUCUCUCUCUCCGAGACAUCUUGCCGGUGAGGGCGAAGUACUACGACAAGAAUAGGGCUCCUAAACUCCUCGGGCAGCCGACUGUUGUAUACUUUCAUGUCACCGUGCUGUCUCUAGAUUCUAUCAACGAAGAGAGUAUGACGUAUGUAGCAGAUAUCUUCUUAGCGCAAUCAUGGCGUGAUCCACGCCUCCGUCUCCCUGAGAAUAUGCAUGAGGAGUAUAGAAUAUUAGACGUGGAAUGGCUGAACAGCAUCUGGAGGCCCGAUUGCUUCUUCAAGAAUGCGAAGAAGGUGACCUUCCAUGAGAUGAGCAUCCCUAACCAUUAUCUGUGGCUGUACCAUGACAAGACUUUGCUGUACAUGUCAAAAUUGACGUUGGUGCUUUCAUGUGCAAUGAAGUUCGAGUCGUAUCCUCACGACACUCAGAGUUGUUCUAUGAUGAUCGAAAGCUUGUCGCAUACGGUACACGAUCUGGUGUUCAUAUGGAACUUGACAGAUCCAUUAGUAGUCAACCCGGACAUCGAACUGCCCCAACUGGACAUCUCCAACAAUUACACAACUGACUGCACUAUUGAGUACUCCACAGCUACCCAAAAUACUCAAUCGCAGCAAAGUCUACCACCAGUUUCAUAUGUAAAGGCAAUCGAUGUUUGGAUGUCUUCCUGUUCUGUGUUCGUGUUCCUGUCUUUGUUCGAGUUUGCUGUGGUGAACAACUACAUGGGUCCAGUCGCCACUAAAGCCAUGAAGGGUUAUUCCGACGAGGACUUAUCCAGGGAUCUUGACGCAUUUAAACACAUGUUCCCUAAUACCGUUGAUCCUCGAGCGAGCACAUCAGCAUCCAUACCUCAAUACGACACAUUCUGCAACGGGAGGGAGACGGCGGUAUACAUAGAUCGGUUCUCACGUUUCUUCUUCCCAUUCUCUUUCUUCAUACUGAACGUAGUUUACUGGUCUACAUUCUUGUAA